AUGUCACACUCGAGCCAACGAAUACAUCACAACAUCACCGACUUGAAUGACUUGGCAUUUGGCUGCGGUUUACCUUCGAGUGAGGUUCACACCAUGACCAAAUUGCAUUCGCUCCCAAUCCUAACCAAUGCUUUGACCGCGUACCACUCAGUCUUGAUAACUCGACUAUUUUCCAUAACCGAUUGCGACCCAUGCAUGCUGGAGACACUCUUUGGCAAUGGCGAUGAAUGGAACCCCAAAUCAACCACCAAUAUCAGAGAAUCGAGUUUGAAAAUGAAUGACUUGAAAAUCAAUAGCCGUUUUGCCAUUGGCAUCAUUAUACCCGUCGAGUCCAACAAUUUUAUAAACGAAGUCAUCAUCAACAACUGGAAUGAAUUAUCUCAUUUCCUAACUUUUCUCCAAAAAAUCGUCUACAGGAGACUAUUGCACCAGUUCCAUUUAGGGUUUGACAAUUGUCACGGCUGCGAGUAUUUGGUUAAAAAACGUUUACAAUUCCCCAAUUUCAUACUCCAGCACGAUUAUGAUUUGCAUCUACAGCUCAACAAGCUAAUCAAGUUAAUACACUACCUGAACAACACACCAAGAUUGAUGAAUACAAAUCAUUUGAUGAAGACUGAUUUACCAGAAUACAGCUCUUGCUUAAUCAACUGGGUUUUGGAAGUUUUAAACUGGUUGGAGUUGAAAGAUGGCAAAUGCGCGGGGGCAGGAAACCCAGGUGCUUCCUUUUUAGCAACUGUGUUAUCGCUACUAGUCCAAUAUCGAUCUUCAUUGGGCGUUCGACCUUAUUUCAACAAACAAACUAAUGUGCGUGAAGUAACGCGAGUCGUGGUCAUGACGGGCAAUCCAGCUGUUGCCAAGAGACUUGUGUGUAUUAUGAAUGGGUUGAUUCCAAACGCGGAGUCAUUGGAAAAGGAACAACUUGGAGAUGAGCUUGUUGACUUGUCUGCUGUCACCAGCAACACUAUCAGCAACAGCAACAGCAACAGCAACGCAGACAGUCAGGUUGAUCGAAGUUGGGAAUCAUCAAUCGACACAAGCAACUCUGAAGAGGUCAGAGGAGUCACACGUCCAUCACCAAGUAUACCAAUAAAGAGUACUACAGCCACCACCACCACUAACACAGCCAGGGCGCAGAAUGUACCCAUUGGAAUACCAAUCAAAACGCCUACAACUUCUCAGGCAUCUUCUUCAUUAUCCAAGUCUGCAUCGACUGCUCAGUUGUCCACUUCAUUGAGUUCUUCCUACUCAUCACUACAAUCUAACUUUUCAUUGUCGAAAUUUGGCAGUGGUGGAUCUUUUGCAGAAAAAUGGAAAAACUCAUUUGGUCACAGUAAUGGUGGUGGAAGUGGUGUUGGUGGUGGUAACGCUCCACUUCUGUCUCUCGCAAAUCCCAUGAGCGGAUAUUUUGACGAGCAGCUGAGUUUAAACACAAAGAAAUCCAUCCAGUCCCUACGUGCCCCCUCGCCGGCUUUUGAAUACGACGAUCACAGUUGGCAACCACCGUACAGUUCCGUGGCACUGCCGCUUUCAUCGGGGUCGUACAAAUUAUCCCGAACCCAGUCGAUGCACGACCUUUACAAUCAAAACAUGAACUCGAUGAGCGAGGAGCAUCUUUGCGAUGCUUCUGAUCAGUCUUCCACGUCUUCAUCUUCGUCGACGGUACACAACUCCAAUGCAAGCACCAGUGGGUUGAGCAACAAUGUUCUUGACUUGAAACGUUUGAAAACCAGUGUUUUCACUCCCCUAAUAAGCGAUGACUUGGUCAAGAAUGUUUGCGAAUACAACCGAAACAAGAUUUCUCGCAAGUGCCGAAACAUUAUGCAAAAGAGUCAAGUUUAUAGCAAAUCGGAAGCAGAUGGAAGUUUGCAAGUUAAAAUUCCCGAGGAUGUUAAAAAGCCGCCAAUUUUCAAACACAAGAUACUAUUACCUUCAGUGGGGUUUUGUGAUGAGUAUCGACCCGAAUUCAUCCUCCAGUCGUGUCCGAUCAAUCACAAGUUGGAGCAGCAAAUUAUGGGCUCGAUGAAGAAUGACUUGAUAUAUUUCCAAAACAACUACAAAUACGCGCAGGUCAAAAUCAGAACCAUACUAAUCAGUUUGCGAGCGCGUGAAGUUAAAACGAUUGAAAUGUACGUUAGUAAUAAUAACGAUCAAGGUGAGCUGACAUGUCCCAAUCCAGCGUUAUUAGAUGACAAUAGACCACCAGUGCAAAAUACAUAUAGGACAAAAUUGACCAAGGUUUUCUCCCCCACGAAAUGCCUAGGAGACAAUGAAUUGAUUGGGAAGAUUGAAGCUACGUUGGAUGAAAUUGACCAACUCUGCAAAGAGCAUCAACCGCAACAUCUUCAUCAGGACUUUACACAUGAUCCUCAAAAGAAGGCAUCAAUCAAGGAACAUUUUCAUAAAAAGUUGUACAGUUUGGUUUUGGAAUUGAUUGGGUAA